CUCUGAAUGCGGGCCAAUGGCGGCACAGGAAGCGACCACAGAAAGACUUGUUCGUGUGUGAUGAAUAAAUACGCCGUCAUUCAUACCGCAUCUCUGCACUAUAAAUUGUUUUGGAUGUGCAUUGACCUGUUGCAGGGAUAAUCGCUGUCCCGUUCCCAGGAUAAUAAGGACUCGACGCGGACGCAGAAACAGCGGAAAAGCGUCGACAUGUUUCGCGGUACUAGGCCGCACAGAGGCGGUUAUCGCCAUCCCCCGCCGUCUCGUGGUUUCGGGCCGCGUCCUGGACCGGGCCAUCCCCCGGACCGAGACCCUUACCGUCGGCCGUCCCCGCGGAGGAGAUACUCUCCGCCGGACCCAGCAGAUGAAUACAGAGGCGGACGACCGCAGAGAGGCUAUGGGAGGUACAGCCCAUCACCUCCUCGUGGUGGUCUCCCUGUUGAUCACAGUCUGGUCAUAACUGUGGGCAAUGAGUUGAACAGUCCAUCAAGCUUUAAAGGAACAGAUGCUCCCUAUGUCAGGGAUUACGCUGCAGGAGACUCCCAGUAUAAAAAGUCCUAUUACUCUCCACGGAGGUCAAGCUAUGAUGAACAGGGUGAUAAGGGUUCAAAGAGGCGCAGUGUUAGUCGUGGCCGGAGCAGAGGACGGAGUCGCAGUCCCGGCUAUGGACGCAGCAAAAGCCGACCACGCAGCCGGAGCAGGAGUCGAAGCUAUAGUCGUGGAAGAAGUCGUGGCAGGAGUCCUGAACGUGCGAAAAGCCGAGGCCGAAGCAAGAGCAGACCCCGCGGGAGGAGCUACAGCAGAAGUCGAAGCAGAAGUCGCAGUCGGGAUAAAAGUAGGGCCAGGAGCAGGGCGAGGAGCAAGAGUCGGCCACGCAGCCGCAGCAGAGAAAGGAGUCGUAGCCGGGGGAGAAGCAGAGGAAGGAGUCGUGCUCGGAGUCGCAGCAGUAGCACUAGCAGCAGUGGCUCCAGCAGGAGUCGCCACAGCAGUGUCAGCCGGAGAAGCAAAUCGGGUAAAUUUAAGAGUGAGCAGGAGGACUUCAGCGAGCUGGAGAAAGCUCGACGACGUAAAGAGAUUCAGGAUAUGCUUGUAAAGCCUGCAAAGUCCAUUUUGAAGAAAAGAGUGGAUUCCUCCGAGACUGAUUCUCCAAUGCUAAUGCAGAAUAGCGAUUCCCCUCGAGGAAAUUCAGAUGGGGGUCUUUCCCACGAGGCUGAACAGCUUCUCUGUGCACUUUCCAAAACCAUGGAUCCAAGCGUAUUGUCUUCCAUGCUGGGCAAAAGCUCUGAUGGCAAUGUUCUGGAAGAGCUGAUUAGCAAGAUCCAUCCAUCCCGAGAGGACCUAGGUGAUUUGUUCCCUGCACACGAGAAGGGAAGGCAGACCUCAGACCUCACAGAGUUCCUUGGAAUGAUAGCCGAGGUAGCACAACAACACAAUCCAAAAAAGAGUCUUACAGAAAUUGAAGAUGAGGAGAAGUUUCUCUACGGAGAUGAAUUGGAGGCGGAUGAGGUGAAACCGGAUAAGGAGAUUGCAACUGAUUCCAGCUAUCCAGAUACAAAAGAGCAUGGCACUACACCUUACAGUUUUAGCCGUACUGUAGAAAAUGUGCCAAGCCGUUCCUCUGCCACACCUGAGGUGCAUGCUGAGGAAGAACCACAUGAUUUCCUACCUGGAGUUGGGCCGCAAGAUGUCAAGGUGAGGAGGGAGGUUGAGGAAUAUGAGAAGAUACAAGAUUUGCUGAAAACAAUUGGCCUGGAUCUCGGUGUGGCUGAAAUAAGCAAGAUGGCAGCAAGGACGCAAGAACGCCUCCACGGCAGCAUCCCUGCAAAAAAGACACCUGUUCGUCGGCAUUCAGAUAGAAAGCACCGGAGUCGAAGCAAAAGCUCCAGCAGCAGUAGUGGAAGCGGCAGCAGAAGCUCCAGUCGCAGUCAGAGCGAAAGUCAAAGCAGAAGUAGAAGCCGAAGCCGAAGUGGCAGCUUAAAUCACACCUCAAGUCGCAGCAAGAAGAAACCUGUCUCUCCUAAAAAAGCUUCUCCACAUGUACAUAGCCAGAGCAAGAAAGACACUCAGCCUGCUGUCCCAGAAAGCAACUGGCCUACAACACCCACUGUGGCUCCUGCACAGAGUUAUCCUUCCCGACCUGGCGUUUUGCCACAUCCCCCUUACCCAGGACCUCCCCCACGUGGGGUAAUGCCUCCUGACUACCGUACACAUGGUUACGGCGCAUAUGGUAAUUACAUUCCCUACAUGCCCCCGGGAUGGCCAAUGUACCCACCUACAGGUAUGCCAGUACCUCCUCCAAGUCAAAUGGACCCCUACAGCCUCCCUAACAUGGAGCGACCUUUUAUUAAAACGAUCAAAACGUCGACAAGUGAGAGUAAAGCUGACAAUAAAAAAGCACCUUCUAAAUUGGAUGCUGUGGCUUCUAAAGCGAUCACUAGUGACCACUUUCAGAGGAAAGAAAUGGAAGACAAAAAUACAGCCAGUCAGAAACAAAAGGUCACAGAAGAGCUUGAAAAGCUAAGAAUAGAAAGAGAUGUUCGACAAAAGAGGAAAGAAAAUCUCUUAAAGGAUGUGGAGACAUUGAGAAAGCAACAAGGGGAGCUUCUUCGGAAGAAACGAAGGGAGAAAGAUGGACACAAGGACCCUCUGCUGGUAGAGCUCGGUCGUCUCCAAGAGGAUGCAAUGGCGCAAAUCUCUAAGUUGCGUACUGAACAGAAAGAGGCAGAUCAAAAACAUGAAGAGCUGGUUAAAGUGGCGCUUAUUCUCGGUGUAGACAAAGAGUCGAAGAUCUCUGUGACCCAUGGUCAGCAGCAGAGUAAAGAUUCAGCCAGAAGCCCAGAGAAGUCAGUGGCCAAAACCAACACCUCGUACAAUAAGGUCGCCUCCUUAAAAUCAAGAGCCUCUCCUGAAAAGCUGAAGACGUCUCCUCUGUCGAGCAGCCAUUCCCUGGACACUGCUGCAGAGCAGUUCGAGUACUAUGAUGCGGGAAAUCACUGGUGUAAAAACUGCAAUGUUACCGGUGGUUCAAUGUUUGAUUAUUUCAUGCAUUUGCACAGCAAAACGCAUAGGAAGACUCUAGAUCCGUAUGACAGACCUUGGGCAAAAACAGAGAGUGAAAAGAAAGGACCAGCUGCAAAGAGGACUUCAAAGCCAGCCAAAGGCUCUGAGUUCUUGGUCCCAGUUAGGGGAUUCUUCUGCCAGUUAUGUGAAGAGUUUUUUGGGGAUCCCAUUUGUGCUGAAGCCCACGUCACCUGCCAUACUCACAAUGAGAAAUACAAGGCAAAAUUGUAUGAAAAUCCACUCUAUGAGCAAAGGAGGAAACUUGACCGUCAGGCUGGCUUAGAAAGCCAAAAGAGUUCAGUGCUCAAACGAAAGCAUGAAGAUGAUGAUCAUCAGGAUGAUAUAAAAAAAUCUAAAUGCAACAAAGAAAGAAAAUUGUCUAGUAAUGUAAUGGACACAAAACCAGAAUACAGCAAGGAGGAGGACUACAGGGAUAUCAAAGAGAAUGACAGUAAACACAAGGAGAAAUACAAAAAGGAUGAGUAUGAUAAACUGAAAUAUAAGGAGGAGGAGGAUGAGAGAGCCAGAAUAAAGAAGGAAGAGGAAGAGAAAUCUAGGUACAAAAAAGAUGAUGAUGAGCGAAACAGGUACAAGAAAGAAGAGGAAUACUCUCGUAGGUACAGAAAGAAGGAAGGGGAGAGUUCCAGGUAUGAAGAGGAUCGUUACAGAAACAGAGACGAUGAUGAUGAUGAUGAAUACCAUCGAUACAGAGAUGAUGAUGAUGAUGACAGAUACAGAUAUAGAAAAGAUGACGAUAGGGGCCGGUAUAGCAGGGAGGAUGAGAAGCUAAGAUAUGACAAAGAGGAGGAUAAAAGAUACAAAUACACUCGAGAGGUAGAGGAGAAGUCAAAAUACAAAGGGGAGAACUGGGGGAAGUGGCCUAAAUCAAAGUGGGACGAGGACCAAGAGAGUAGCGGCAAGUUUGAUAAAAAGGAAGAUAAAACGCCUUAUCAGAAGGGCAAGGGUGGUUUUUUCAGAGAUGACAAGGCAAGCGCAGGAAUGUCCAAUGUAAAAGAUGUCAAGACCGAACCAGAGAAACCAAUUGAGCCUCCUAAAAUCUUAUGUGGCCCAAGUCCUGCCUUGUUAGCUAAACUUCGCAAAAAGAACGAGGAGGCUGCUGGUCGGCCUGGCUUUGGAAAGUUUAGUCGUAAAAAGCCACAAAAGACUGCACUGGAGAAGGAGGCAGAGAGGAUGGCGGCACAGUUCUUGAAGGAAGAUGAAGUAGAAAAAGAGGAGGAAGAGCUUGAUCCUUUUUCCAAAUCUGUAGCUGCUGCAAAAUCCAUUGCAAUCAAGUUGACAGGAAAGCCUGUGAUUCCCCCCUCAGGUGAAUGGCUGGCAUUCAACGAAAAUAAAAGUAAUGCUAAUUUACCUCCUCCGCUAUCUCCAAUGGUUAUUAGGAAGUCUUUUUCAGGUGUGCAGAAUAAACCAACACCACCUGCUUUAAGUGAAAAACUUCCUGCCCCUUUAACAGGAACGCAGAAGGGCACAGCAUUGUCAGCAGACCUUAUUUCCAAGGCAUUUAGUGGAGAAGAGGUACAAUUAAAACAGGCAAAGCUUCUUGAGAGCCCUGUAGAGAUCUUCAACAAACCUGCUCCACCUCCGUCUCCCACUUCAUCUUCCGCCCCAUCUCCCACUCCACCUUCCGCUCCAUCUUCCACUCCGUCUCCCGCUCCAUCUUCUGCUCCGUCUCCCGCUCCACCUCUCGUUCCAUCUCCCGCUCCACCUUCCGUUCUAUCUCCCGCUCCAACUCUCAGUGCAGCCCCAGAAAUUGUAAAACCCGCCCAGUUGAAACCUGUCCUUCAACCUGAAUGUGUUGUCACUCUCGAGUCUGAUGUCGCCGCUCCUGGAGUGCCUGAGCAGGAGCGGAAGCAAACUUUAGUCCUUCGUCCUCCUCCUCAGCAUCCAUCUAAUGUCAGAGCCCAGCCCCCUAAAAUGGUGAAGCCAAAGACACUUGCAGCAGGAAAAGCAAAAGAUUUAUUUGACAUUUUCUACAGUGGAGGCACCACUGUUAAAACCUCUGUUAGUGCCCUAGUUGUCAACAAACAAGACCCUGGAUUUGCACAUUCGUACAGUGGCUCAACCUGUAAAGACUCAAACAAUAAAGACAAAAAAGUUUGUGAUAUUUUCCAGGGCAAAGUACCCCCUUCUAAUGGGCACUCGCAAGUUACAGCAAAUGAAGAAUCUCUAAAGAACAAGGAGUCAAAUGUUGCUGAAAGGAAAGAUGAUAAUGAGUACUCAAAGAUUGCUCAAAGCAAAGAAUCUCCCAAGAACGAAGACUUAAAUGUUAUAAAGAGUGAAGAAUCUUCCAAUAAUGAUUACUCUGAAGUUCCCCAGAGCAAAGAACCUCUCAAUGAGGAUGUAGACAUUCAGAGCAAAGAAUCUCCCAAGAAUGAAGACCUUAAGGUUACACAGAGUAAAGAAUCUUUCAUCGAGUACCCAGAAAUUGCCCAAAGCAAAGAACGCCUCAGCAAUGAGGACUCAGAAAUGGCUCAGAGUGAUGAAUCUCCCAAAAACGAGGACUUAACUGUUUCACAGAGUGAAGAUUCUCCCACAAAUGAGGACUCAGAAGUUGCCCAAAGUGAAGCACCCCUCAGCAAUGAAGAUUCAGAAGUGCUUCAGAGUGAUGAAUCUCCCCCAAAUGUUGAAUUAAAGGUUUCAGAGAGUGAAGAUUCUCCUAUGAAUGAGGAUUCAGAAGUUGCCCAAAGUGAAGAACCCCUCAGUAAUGAGGAUUCAGAAGUGGUUCAGAGUGAUGAAUCUUCCCAAAAUGUUGACUUAAAGGUUUCAGAGAGUGAUGAUUCUCCAGUGAAUGAGGACUCAGAAGUUGUGCAAAGUGAAACCCUUAACGAUGAGGACAUCAAAGUGGCUCAGAGUGAAGAAUCUUUCAAGAACGAAGACUUAAAUGCUUCAGAGAGUGAAAAUUCUCCAGUGAAUGAGGACUCAGAAAUUGCCCAAAGUGAUACCCUUAACAACAGAGACACCGAAGUGGCUCAGAGUGAAGAAUCUUCCAAGAACGAAGACUUAAAUGCUUCAGAGAGUGAAAAUUCUCCAGUGAAUGAGGACUCAGAAAUUGCCCAAAGUGAUACCCUUAACAACGAGGACACAGAAAUGGCUCACAGUGAAGAAUCUCCCAAGAACGAAGACUUAAAUGGUUCAGAGAGUGAAAGUUCUCCAGUGAAUGAGGACUCAGAAGUUGCCCAAAGUAAAACCUUUAACAACGAGGACACAGAAGUGGUUCAGGGUGAAGAAUCUCCCAAGAACGAAGACUUAAAUGUUGAACAAUCGUUUGAGGCAAUCUUAAAACCUAGCAUUCAGAAUGAAAACGAUGCAAAAGAAGUUCUUGAUGAUCAGCAAGCUUUUAAAUCUAUUGAUAUCACUAUGGGGGAUGUUACUGACAUGGAAGUUAAUAGUGUGGACACACUACUGCAGACAAAUAAUGAGGAACUGCCUCUGGAUUCAGAGGAGCCCAUGGCAUUCUCUCCCCUUCCCGGCUCUUUCACUGAACAACUGAACUUGGACACAUUUGAAUUCAGUUUUGAGCCUUUGUAAAGGACCUUCCAAGAGUAGGUUUAGGGAUGUACAUGUUAACUCUGAAUGUAAAUACGUGAUUUUGAAGUAUUCUUUGUAUUUGCUUGACCCGGUUAGAAUGUUUCAUGUCUAUUCUUAACCUUUUGGCAGGUAAUGCCAGUGAAAGCGUGGACUGAAAAGCAUUCAUUCUGAAGUGGGUGCCGGGGGAAGGAAUCCCUCUAAGAGAUUGAAAACUUUCCUCAAGUAAUGAACCAUGAAUAUGUGUAAAAGUUUUGCUUUUUUUUUUAUCAAAAACACCUGGUGUUGAGCUCCUUGUUUCCUUAUUUGUUUCCAGCAGAAACCAUUCCUUUUUCCCCAAAGGUAACGUAAAACAUAUAACGAAUAUGAUGUGUAUCAAACAUUUCAGACUCUAAAACCAUUUGCUCUAUUCGUUUCACUUAAAUCACCGAAGAUAUUUUAAUGCAGGAGUCAGAAAGAUCCAGGCUCAGAGAAGACAAAUGGCGUGGCGUUCAUGCUUCAAGGACAUAUGCAUUCACAAUUCUGCCCAGAAAAUACCCGGCUUGGUCUCUGUAGUUUUUACUUACACUGUACUAUGUGUUGGUAGCUUUUCUUUCUAGAUUUAUUUUUUCUUUUCUGAAAAACAAACAAUUGAAAAAAAAAAAGUGUUAAUGUUCAUAUUGCUACCAUGCUGCAUUAGCAUCUUCAGAUAGUUGGUGUAACUGCACAAGUUCUGUGCUAGCUCAAAUAAAUCACAGCAACCCUU